AUGGGUUUAUCGAAAAAUGGCGCAUCAGCGAAGGAUGAUGGUGUUGGCCUGGCAAAAUCGCUCACGCUUUUCAAUGGUGUAUCGAUAAUUGUUGGAUGUAUCAUUGGCUCUGGGAUUUUCGUAUCGCCAACUGGUGUCCAGGAAAAAGCCGGUAGUGUGGGAUUGUCGCUGAUCGUCUGGGUCGCCUGUGGUGUGUUUGCGGCCGUCGGCGCAUAUUGCUAUGCUGAACUUGGUACAUUGAUCCAUAAGUCGGGUGGCGAUUAUGCGUACAUCAUGGAAGCUUUUGGGCCCUUCCUGGCUUUUGUUCGCCUUUGGGUUGAAGCUAUCGUUGUUCGACCGUGCACAUGCACCGUUGUGGCACUCACUUUCGCCAUUUACAUGCUGCGCCCGUUUUAUCCGUACUGCGAUCCACCCGAUGGACUGCCGUCUCUGUUUGCUGCCACACUGAUUAUAAUUCUGACGGCGAUUAACUGUAUGUCGGUGCGAUUGGCCACAUUUGUACAAGAUUUUUUCACUGUGGCGAAGUUAUUUGCGCUGUGCUUGAUAAUCGGCACCGGUGCGAUAUUGCUAGUAACAGGAAAGCCGCAGUACCGCGAAUCGUUCGAGAAUAUCUUCGAGAACACAACACCGGAUAUUGGGACUGCAUCGCUUGCUUUUUACUCUGGCCUGUUCGCAUAUCAGGGAUGGAAUUAUCUCAAUUUCAUUGUGGAGGAGCUGCAGAAUCCAAGAAGAAAUUUGCCAUUAUCAAUUGCAAUAUCGUGCACACUUUGCACAGUCAUUUUUACACUCACCAAUAUCGCUUUGUACACGGUGAUUAGUCCGGAUGAGAUGCUAAGCAGUCCUGCAGUGGCUGUGGUAAUUUUUUGAUU